AGUGGAACUAUGCUUUCUGAAGCUGCCACUGUAAUCAAGUUGAAUAUAACUUAGUUAGCCUUUUAUCAUCAAAAUGUUUCCUGCUUUCCCAUGAACUAGCAUCAACACAUUUGUGACUGUCAUCGUACCCAGAUUUGGCAUUUAGUUCCAUUGCCAAUUCACUAGUCCAAUCCACUCAUGAAUAAUCACACCUCGGAUUCAUUUUGUCUUUUCUUUACAUCUAAGAAUGAAGACCUUGUAAAACAUUUAGCCUUUAGUAUACAAAUUUAGAAAAUAAAAAAUAUUGAAUGAGGAUUUCAACUUCAACAUCCAUUCUGAACCCAGUUUUUCCAAUCUUCCUGAAACAAUGGUUCUCAACCAAUCCCAACCUUAUAACCUUAUUCAACAAAUAUGUCGACAAAACCAACGUGUCAUCCUGGAACUCAGUCAUAGCCGAGUUAGCCCGGAGUGGCGACUCUAUCGAAGCUCUCCGAGCCUUCUCAUCCAUGCGAAAGCUCUCCCUAAAACCAGACCGUUCGACCUUUCCUUGCACCAUUAAAUCUUGCUCUGCCCUUUUGGACCUAACUUCAGGUAAGCAGACCCACCAACAGGCUAUUGUAUUUGGUUUAGAACCCGAUUUGUUCGUAUCCUCUGCUCUCAUUGAUAUGUAUUCGAAAUGCGGUGAAUUAGGCAAUGCAAGAAAACUAUUCAAUGAACUUCCAAAGAGAAAUGUAGUCUCUUGGACGUCAAUGAUUACAGGUUACAUACAAAACGAACAUGCCCAUGAAGCGUUAUCACUUUUUAAGGAGUUCUUGAUGGAAGAGGGUGAUGGUGGGAGAGAAAGUGGAGUUUUUAUAGAUUCUAUUGCUAUGGUUUCAGUUCUGUCAGCUUGUUCUCAUAUUUCGCAGAAUAGAACCACUAAAGCGUUUCAUGGGUUCUUGAUAAAAAGGGGAUUUGAGGGGGAUUUGAGUGUUGCGAAUACUUUGUUGGGUGCUUACGCGAAGUGUGGAGAUUUAACUAUUGCUAGGAAGAUAUUUGAUGAGAUGCCUGAGAGAGACAUAGUUUCAUGGAACUCAAUGAUGGCAGUGUAUGCUCAGAAUGGGCUGUCAGCGGAGGCGCUUAAUGUGUUUUAUGGAAUGUUGAAGGAUGGGGAUCUCAAUUUCGAUGCUGUAACUCUCUCAGCUGUGUUAUUGGCCUGUGCGCAUUCAGGAGCGCUGCAGUUGGGGAAGUGCAUACAUGAUCAGGUGAUAAAGAUGAGUUUGGAGGACAAUGUGUUUGUUGGUACUUCAAUCAUUGACAUGUACUGCAAAUGUGGGAGAGUAGGGAUGGCGAGGAGAGCAUUUGAUCGCAUGAAGGAGAAGAAUGUGAAGUCAUGGACUGCCAUGGUUGCUGGUUAUGGCAUGCAUGGUCGUGCCAGAGAAUCGCUUGAAGUCUUUUAUGAGAUGCAAAGGGCAGGGGUCAAACCAAAUUAUAUAACAUUUGUAUCUGUUUUAGCUGCUUGCAGUCAUGCUGGUUUAGUAGAAGAAGGUUGGCAUUGGUUGAAAACCAUGAAUCAAGACUUCAAUAUUGAUCCGGGCAUCGAGCACUAUGGUUGCAUGGUUGAUCUUCUUGGGAGAGCUGGUUAUCUUGAUGAGGCUUAUGAGUUGAUCAAGGGAAUGAAAGUGAAACCUGACUGUGUAGUCUGGGGUGCUCUUCUUGCUGCAUGUAGGAUUCACAAAAAUGUGAAGCUUGGAGAGAUCUCUGCAAGAAAGUUGUUCGAGUUAGACCCAGAUAAUUGUGGGUAUUAUGUCUUACUUUCCAACUUAUAUGCUGAUGCUGGAAGGUGGGAAGAUGUGGAGAGGAUGAGGAUAUUUAUGAAAAACCAUAGACUGAUUAAACCACCUGGAUUCAGUUUGGUCGAAGUGAAGGGUAGAGUCCAUGUAUUUCUAGUUGGUGAUAAGGAACAUCCUAAACAUGAAGAGAUUUAUGGAUAUCUGGAGAUAUUAUCUGUGAAGAUGAAAGAAGCUGGCUAUGUACCUGAUACCACAUCGGUUCUCCAUGAUGUCGACCAGGAAGAUAAGGAAACAGUCUUGCGAGUUCAUAGUGAGAAACUGGCUGUUGCCUUUGGGAUCAUGAACACAGUUCCUGGGACAACAAUCCAGGUAAUUAAGAAUCUUAGGGUGUGCAGUGAUUGUCAUGCUGCGAUUGCUUUGAUAGCCAAGGUUGUCAAUCGAGAGAUUGUGGUCAGAGACUCAUAUCGGUUUCACCAUUUUAAAGAUGGGCUAUGCUCUUGUGGGGAUUAUUGGUGAUAUUCAAAUCAAAAGAAUCAAUUUGAUUUUAAAGUUAAAGAUACCAUAAGGUAAAUGGAAUGUAAGUUGAUCAAGACCACGUCAGAGAGCUUGAAAUUAAAAUUUGAAGUCGUUCAUAUCAUUAAAGUAGGGGCUAUAUGUUUUUGUUGAGAUUGAUUGAAUGAGAAGAAAUAUUAUAAUUUAUUUUACAAAUUACAUCUAUAAAACUUUGAACC